AUGACAUUAUUGUCAGCAAUAUUUUCUACCACGGUUUACGGUUUGGUUUGCCUUUUGGGUGUCACGGCAACUGUGUGCGUGUGUGGCAUUCUCUCUCUCUCUCUCUCUGUCUCUCUCUCUUGCAUUUGCUGGCGCGCGGGUGGGGAGGCACAUCAUCCGCCCGAGCAGUUUGGCAGCCAGGCUUUGGCCAUCGCGAUCAUGGCUGAUGAGGUGGUGCUGACCAGCGAGGAUGUGGCUGCACAAGAGAACGUGGCUCAGGCCAUCCAUGAUGAGCUGAUGCAGGUGCGCUACGAGAAGGAGCGGCUCGAGGCCAUGGUGGACGAGUUUCGCACAGCCCAUGAUGACACCAUCACGGACAACUUUGAGCAGCAGGAGCGCAUUCGCGAGCUUGAGCAAGAGAAGCUGGCCAUUGCCAACCGCAUGGCCGAACUCGAGUACGAGCAGGAGGAACCCCUGCCAGCUCCUGCCCCGGUCGAUGAACACCUCGAUUCUGAGUCCAUCGGGGGCAUCGACCCAGCCAUCGUUGCUGCCCAAGCCGCAGAACUACAGGCCCUGCGCGAUCGCCUUGACGAGAUUGCCGCCGAGAAUGAACAGCUUCGACGCAACGCGCCCCAAGAGCACCACGACCAGGGAGACUUUGCCACGACCGAGGGCUCUUUUAGUUUGGCCGACGAACUGGCCUCCGUCUCUCUUCAAGAGCAGCUUGAGAUGGAGGCACGUCAACGCCAGCUCGACGACGAGGCGCGCCGGCGCCUCGAGGCUGAAAAUCGACUCAAAUCACUCCAAGUCGAGCAAGAGCGCGAACGCCAAGCUUAUCUCGAGCUGCAAUCCCGGCUGGCCGAGGCCGAGGCCGCUUUUGAACGUGAGCGUCAGCUCAAGGCUGAUUCGGAACAGCGGAUUGCAGACAUUGAGCUCAAGCAGCGCGAGCUCGUGGCUACCGCCCCAACUCUCGCAGCUUCAGCGCCCGCCCCCGAAGCACCGCCCUCCGUGCCAGACCCGUUGGUCCUCUUGUUGGAACACCUCACGUCCAUCUUCCCCACACUGGCUCGCGAGGUCAUCCGCGAGGUCAUCCACAAGCACAAGGGAGACAUGGAUAAGAUCAUGCCCGAACUUCUCGAGCUGAGCAAAGCCAUGGCCGAGACAUCUGCUGCCCAGACUCCCCGCGUGUCGCACACAGCCACCCCACGUCGCGUGGUGGUGUCUCGCUCUGGGCCCAAAGUGCCUGACACACACAAUAACCCCUUUGCCAACUUUGUCUCGAGCCCCACGCCUAAGAAGGCCGUGGCCACAGCCUCAAAACCCCGCCCCAGUCCUGCUCGUGCAACUGUCAGUCCCCGCGCACCGGCUGUGCGACCUGCACCCCCGGCUGUACACAUCGAUCCUCCCAAAGCCAUCCCAGCCUUUGCUUUGCGAGAGGAAGGCCCGGCUGCUCGCGGCUACGACGUUGCGCUUGAAGCCGAACAGCGCGACCAAGACCGCAAAAUGGCAGAAGCAUUUGCUGCUCGCGCGCCCGAAUUCAAUAUCACGCUUCCCUCCCAAACCCACAUCUUUCGCGUGGAGCUGCUCGACACUCAAGAAGCUCGCGACAUGGGCUUGGGCACGCGGUUCUUUGCACAAGCAGAGCUGCGCGUCACUCCUCACUCCAUCGGGCUGAUGUCUCAUGUGAACCAUCGACCCAUUGUUGAGUGGCCCUUUGCCCUGGUCAAGUCCAUCUGCGCCGACACUGGGCGCAUGCUCAUCGAAGGCUGGGUUCAUGCCGCACAGCGGGCUGUGAAGCUUGUACUCAACUCUCACCAGACGGGUGAUGCAUAUCCUUGCCUUUGUGAAUGCCUGCACGAGUUUGUGCGCCACCGUGAUGAGGACAUUGCACGCGCUCUUCAAAAAGAAGAGCUGGCUGGUGUGAUGGAUCUCAGUGAUGCAUUCUUGCGUGAGCUUCGCAUCAAUGACGAAUUCAACCGCAUUCUCGCGGAGGAAACCAAAAAUGGGUUUCAAGAUCUUCGAGCCAAAGACGACGAUGCGUAUCGCCAGCAACUGCUGCUUAUGGGCACCAAAAGCCAAAACAUGUUGAGGAAAAUUCGCCUCAAGGGCUCCAAAAAGUCCAAGCGAACUGCCAGCCAUGCCAGCAGCAGCGGUAGUAGCAGUAGCAGCCCCAGCGCAGCGGGCAAGUCGCCCCGCUCUGGUCGUCGACUCUUUGGGCGCAAACAGUGA